AUGGUCGUGCAGGACAUCCAGCGAUCCGACGUGUGCCGGCAGCAGCGGGCCACCCCCUCCCCUGUAUCCUCCCAUCCUGGGUCAUCUUCUCUGAGGCACAGCUCUCACCUCAAGGACUGGCUUAUGCUGAUUAAAACCCAUCGCAAAAGUUUUCGCAGGAAAAAAGAACUCUGUGGCAUUGCGAAAGCGUCUGUGCUGCAGCUGUUUCUUGACCAGGCUGUCUUCUCAUCCAAUCGCCUGCACAGCGAGCCUGUCACCCCAGCCAAUGGCACCCCUGAUUUCAGCCCGACGCCAACCAGAAACUGCUAG